UGGUGGCCCUUUGUAUGCCCUGUCAUCUAGCGGAGGAUGUCCAGUGCUGGUGGGAGUGACAAGCUGGUUAGCAAUUCCUAAGAAGGUUUGCGGUUGGUCUCCACUGCCGGACUUCUACGCGCGCGUGAGCUGCAGCUUGUCCUGGAUAGAAUCGGUGGUUGGGCAGGCCAUGAGGAGCACGGUGCCCCUCAGCCCUACGGCAAACUGUGAGAACUGCCUUGCCAAUGACUUUCCGGAUGGGGAAAACUGCGACAAGGCGAGCCGAUACGACCUCAAGAAGUGCAACAUCCAAGCCCGCCUCGCGGCCUCCUUCACGCUGAGGAAGCCAGUGUGCCAAGAUGGAAAACGCCACACACUCAAGGCAAGCAUUGACUUUCGCAAAGGUUUCCCCAACGCGUCAGAGGAGUUGAAGAGGACACUCACAGACGGGCAGGUCGUCUUCCUCUACAGUGCCGAAGGAACCGGGAAUGGGGUCAUAAGCCUUCCAGCAUCAGGUGGGCGAAACGACGAGCUCAUCAACACGCCCCUGAGGCAACCCAAGGUUUUGGCGGCCAAGGUCGCACUCGAUGCCAAGGAGGGUGCGUGGGUGUAUCGCUCCACUGGCUGUUCCUCAGCCAGAACCUACGCAGCACUGUACAUGAGGAAUACGGACAGCGAGACACCCCUGUACCGUCAAAUCUCGCUAGCCGUGAGAGCGUAGUCGGCGGCGCCCUGACACUCUCAUCGCGAGGGCCUGGAAUGACAAUGCGAUCCCUCCAUGAUGGAUGUAGGCCUAGCUCAUGCCUUUUUAUUUCUCCUUUUUCUAGGGGAACUUAAUCUAGCCCCCUCUAAGGAGCCGGGUGUGUCAUUCCAGUAUUUUCUAUCGGGGUAGUGCUCAUACGAAGUCACACUGUCAAAGGAUGAUGAUUAUUUUCCUGAAGGCUGUCAGAGAUGGCUGGACCUUGGAGACUCAAAAGUUGUAAGCAUUGCCAGAUC